GGGACGAGGAGAUGAGUGUGCCGGCGCAGGCGAACCAGAAGAAGGCGAUAGCGAGGAGGAAAAGGCGGAAGGAGUUGUUAGUAGUACAAAUAUGUUUGUUCGCCGGUAUGCUUCUUAUCGUCAAGGGACUUUCCUUCCUGGUAGAAGAUUCCGAUGUUGACGUCUCCAGCCACAGUACCAGUGAGCAGGAUAGAUGGGAGGGAAGGAAGCUGCUGCAGAACAUUGACAACAGCAGCAUGGUGGAAAUGGAGAUAGAACAUAAUUGCACUUCUCCAGCUUUGCAGGAGUUCCCCACAGACCUGUUCACCAACAAAGAGAGAACAGAAGGAGCAGUGGCCUUGCAUGUCUUGUGUACCAUUUACAUGUUCUGUGCUCUAGCUUUGGUCUGCGAUGACUACUUUGUCCCCUCCCUGGAGAAGAUAUGUCAGCGUCUAAAUCUUAGUGAAGAUGUGGCAGGUGCAACCUUCAUGGCCGCGGGCAGCUCAGCUCCCGAGCUCUUCACUUCCAUCAUAGGUGUGUUCAUCACCAAAGGUGACGUUGGUGUGGGGACCAUUGUGGGCUCCGCAGUCUUUAACAUACUCUGCAUCAUCGGUGUGUGUGGCUUCUUUGCAGGACAGGCUGUGAAGCUUUCUCAUUGGGCUCUCCUUCGAGAUUCUGUUUACUACAUAUUUUCUAUUAUGGCCCUCAUUGCAGUUAUCUACGAUGAGAAGGUGUGCUGGUGGGAGUCGCUCAGCCUUGUUCUGAUGUAUGUGAUCUACAUUCUCAUCAUGAAGUUCAACAACAGGGUUCAGGGUUACCUCACCUAUCGUAAGAAGAACUCCGUGAGUUUGGUCAACGUGUUAACAGGAAGCACUGACCUGGAAGACGUGACCUGUGAUGCUACGGCAGUCCUGCUCAAAAAAGCUAACUUCCAAUACAAGCCGUCUGUGCUGAUGGUAGAUGAGCUUCUGUCUGCAUAUCCUCACCAACUGACUUUCUCUGAAGCUGGCAUGAGGAUCAUGAUCAGCAGUCAUUUCUCCCCAAAAACCCGCCUUACCAUGGCCUCCCGGAUGCUGAUCAAUGAGAGACAACGACUCAUCAACACCACAGAGACUCGAGUCAACUGCAUCACCAGUGGCGACUCUGAUUCAGCAGCCAGGGCCCAGGAAAGGGGGAGCCUGGAGAGCGGAAUCGGCAGUGCUGAGCUGGGGAUGAACGGGACGUGCACACUCGAGCGAUUGGAGUCUGCAAUGGAGAAUGAAAACGAGGAUAAUGAGAACAAUGAGAAUGACGGGGAAGGACAGGGAGAAGACGGGAAUGAAGGCCCACUGGUGCCUUUCAAAGCUCCAGCGGGUGUGUGUAACAAGCUGAAGUGGUUAACCAUGUGGCCGCUGUCUUUGCUUCUGUUCUUCACCGUGCCCAACUGUGCCAAGCGAGGCUGGGAGAAGUGGUUUUUGGUCUCCUUCUUCACUGCUACUCUCUGGAUUGCUGGCCUCUCCUACAUCAUGGUCUGGAUGGUGACAGUUAUUGGCUUCACUCUUGGCAUCCCUGAUGUCAUCAUGGGCAUCACCUUUCUGGCAGCGGGCACUAGUGUCCCAGACUGCAUGGCCAGUGUUAUAGUUGCUCGGCAAGGUCUGGGAGACAUGGCCAUCUCCAACUCCAUUGGCAGUAAUGUGUUUGACAUUCUCGUGGGCCUGGGCCUGCCCUGGGCACUGCAAACACUCUGCAUAGACUACGGCUCCAACAUCCAUCUGAACAGCAGGGGACUCAUUUUCUCUGUCGGACUCUUACUGGCCUCAGUCUUCUUCACAGUCCUGGGAGUCCAUUUAAACAAAUGGACUCUGGACUGGAAAUUAGGCUCGGUCUGCCUCGUAAUGUAUGCCGUCUUCCUCUGUUUCUCUGUCCUCAUCGAGUUCAACGUCUUCAUCUUCGUCAACCUUCCGAUGUGCCGAGACAUCCACUGACGUCCCGUGACGUCUGUUCUUUCUCCGUGUAAGCCAGGAGGGAACUUCUUUGUCCGGGCGCCUUCAGACAAACUCACUCUUUUUUUUUUGUGCUGCCAUGAAUGCAACACCAGAGCGGACGAGACCUUUUGGGGGACUGGACAGGAAGCAGCGAGAUUGAGUCUUUUCUACUACACCAAAGGUUUGGCAGAAACUGAAUUUAACUGCUGGUGCAGACGCUGCUAGAAAUGUGAAGUUUUCACUGGAUUUUGAAUUUUUUAACAAGUUUUACAUAAAACCACUUAAGUUAUUGGUUAGUAAAAAUUUAAAUUUUUCUGUACAUAUUUCAACUGAUAAUAACGCGACCCCAAAAAGGGACAAGCCGUAGAAAAUGGAUGGAUGGAUGGAUAACGCAAUAGUAAUAUUGUACUGUAUAGCAUCGAUUUGGCAUCACUUUUCAUAAGUACCGUAUUUUCCGCACUAUAAGGCGCACCGGAUGAUAAGGCGCACCUUCAAUGAAUGGCAUAUUUUAAAACUUUGUUCAUAUAUAAGGCGCACCGCAUUAUAAGGCGCACAGAAUAGACACUACAGUAGAGGCUGGGGUUACGUUAUGCAUUCCGUAGUUGCGAGACCUGGUGUGGCUCAAUAUUGGUCCAUAUAUUAGGCGCACCGGAUUAUAAGGUGCACUGUCAGCUUUUGAGAAAAUUGCAGGUUUUUAGGUGCGCCUUAUAGUGCGGAAAUUACGGUAAUCCGCUCCAAAAGGUCUGACAAAAACAGAAUGGUAUAAAAAAAAAAAGGAAAUUUUCCCAUAAGAAAUGGUGCACCGUAUUUUUCGGACUACAAGGCGCACUUGAAAUCCUUUCAUAAUUCUCAAGAAUUGACAGUGCACCUUAUCACUCGGGGCGCCUAAUGUACGGUAUGAAUCUGGUUGUGCUAACUGACCUCGAAGCGAUUUUAUUUGGUACCUGGUGUAAUGAUAAGUGUGACCAGUAGAUGGCAGUCACACAUAAGAGAUAGGUGUACACUGUAAUAUGAACAACGCCAAAACUUUAAAUGUUCCAUUGGGAAUAUAGAACAUUACACACGGCGCUCAAAAAUCAGUCAAAAUGGUUUUAGUACGACUUCGGUAAGCUAUGAAGCCACACCGCUUGAUGGAUUGUCAGCGCAUUAAACAUACGAGUAUUAUUUUGGUGUGUGUAUAAGGACCGCAAAAUGGCACCUAUUAGCAGACAUUACCUGGCGUUUUGUUUCGCAAUAUUAUGCA